AGUUGUGCCGAGGGGGAGCGAGAGGGGGAGGGGGUUAAGAAUGCAGACGCAACAGCCUGAGAUUUCUAGGGAACCGGACGGAAGGAAAGUAUGAGCAGUUCAUAAGACAAGAAAGUACAGAAAGGAUGAGGUUGAGAAGCAUGGAAAAAUAACAAAUAUGCCUUAAAGAAACAUAGCGGACAAGAAAGGAGUGGAGGAAUUCAUUCUUGUGCGAGACAAGAAGACAUGAGAAGAAAGUGGACUGAUAGAUUAAGGGAAGAGCAAAGCAGCAGAGAAGCGAUAAAAAGCCAGGCCUGUCAGUAGAGAAAAGAAGAGAAAGAGAGCUAGUGGCAGUUAAAUAAAGAGGAGAGAGGGAGGGUGAGGAGAUUAACAGUCUGAGAGAAAGAGAGUGAGUAAAGAAAAGGGUGCAGUUGUCAAGAAACAGACACAGUGAUAAAAUAAGGAGAAGGACGGCAGAGCAAGAGAGGAAGUCAUUCGCAGUGGCAACAUCUACAAAUGAGUAUAUGAGAGCACAUGCAUGUCAGCGGCUAUGUGUGCGCCGAAGCUCGUGUGUGAUAGUGGAUGCACGUUAUGAGGACUCUUAUGCUCUGGCUCCUUCCUGUCAUCUUUCUGUGUUCCUUCUGCAGUGUGGCCUUCUGGAUAUUCCUCUCUAACAAUAAUGUAAUCCCACAUCCCUCAUCUAGGAUUCCUCAAAAAAGACCAGAAACACAAUCUUGCAAAGGAUGCAAAGACAGUGUAUUAAUUGCCAAGGCACUGGAAAACUACUCAGACAAAUGGAAAAAACACGAGGCAAACUUGAAAAGAUUCAGGUCAUUACUGAGUAGCAAAUGCCAUGCUGUGUCAAAGGCUGUGGUCACACAGAAUAACACCCCACUCGGGUCAAAUGUUAUUUAUGAUGGAGAGAGGAGAAAGCCGCUACAUGUGACACAAGCCCUGUUCAACAUUUUGGCUAAGGAGCAGCCCUUUGGAAAUGCAACAUGGGAGUCAUGUGCCGUGGUGGGGAAUGGAGGUAUUCUGGCCAACAGCAGCUGUGGAGAAGAAAUAAAUUCAGCCCAGUUUGUCAUUCGAUGUAACCUUCCGCCACUGGAUAAGGGAUAUGAGAAAGAUGUGGGCAACAAAACCAACCUGGUCACUGCAAAUCCCAGCAUCCUCCAUGAGAAGUACAGUGGACUGAUGGAGCGCCGUCGUCCAUUUGUGGAAAGCCUUCGUCCUUAUGGACAAGCCUUAUUGCUGUUGCCAGCCUUCUCCUACGGUCACAACACACCUGUAUCCUUGCGUGCCUUUUACACACUGGAGGACUUUGGCAGCAACAGCCCUCUGCCCGUUUUCCUGAAUCCGGAAUACUUGAGGAGGUUGUCAAAGUUUUGGCGUGAGCAAGGCCUUAACUCAGUUCGACCCAGCACAGGACUCAUCGUGGCCAGCUUAGCACUAGAAAUCUGUUCAAAUGUCCAUUUGUAUGGUUUUUGGCCUUUCAGUAAACAUCCAUAUGACAGUCAGCCGAUCACCAACCAUUACUAUGAUGAUCGAGAGAGCAAGAAGAACGCACAUUCGAUGCCAACCGAAUUUGAACAUUUAUUGAAACUUCACAAGCAAGGCGUGAUUCGCAUACACCUUGGCGAGUGUCAACCCACUCACAGCUAAAACAUGAGACUGGCUGGAAACUAGGCCUUGCCUGUAAUGUACUGUACACCCAGGGCUGUCACUAGGAAUUCUGGGGGGUUGGGGGGACUACAACAGGCCACCUGGAUGGGUGUCUGGAAAGACACAGCUGUGAAUGUGAAUGCGGACUGAAUUUAUAUAGCCUAUAUUGCUGUGCACAUUUGCUCAAAGAAGCAGCCAUGACCAUGCACAACAAAAUCAUGUUUUUUAAGUUAUUUUGAGAUAAUAUUGCACACAUAAAUAGCUGAAAACGAAUGUAAUUAUUUUAGCCUUGGUAAACUGUGAAAGAAUUUAUUUAGGAAAAUGACUCCUAGCAGCACCCCUAAACACUCACUAAGCAGACUUGCCUUAGUCAGCCUUUAACAUGCUCGUUAUUGGUGCUCCUCCAGCUCUGUUGCAUUCAUCACAAGUGCCAGUCUGUCAUUUUUAGCAGCUAGUAGCAGUGAAUGUGAAUUUGAUCUCAGGUGUGCAGAAAUAGCUAAUAGCAGCACUGGAUUAUAACUCUAGACUUUGAGUCCAGGACUCAGAUCUCAGCUAAGGGAUCACAGAAAUGUCUGGAUGAUUGGAAGCACUACACCACAUUCACAGUGUGAAACAAUAGGAAGCAUGGAUAUGGGUUAGCGUCACUCAGAGUAAGAAGACAAGAGAUGUAAAAGCUGACAAUAGUGGCAAAUUUCAAAUGUGCCAAUUUUGAAUGCCCUACCUGAGCACGGCUUUUACAGCAAUCACUGUAAAGUAAAUAAAAUAUGCUUUGACAUAUCAAUUUGUGUGAUUUUAUUU